AUGAUUCUGACACUGCUGCUUGGCCUCGGAGGGCCCCUGGGCUGGGGGCUGCUGGGGGCCUCGGCCCAGGGCCCAGGUAGCGGGCUCUCGCAUCCACAAAAUCCAAGGCCGCCUGGGGUCUGGAGGGCGGAGGCUGAGGACACCGGCAGGGACCCCAGCAGACGUAACUGGUGCCCUUACCAGAAAUCCAGCCUGGUCACCUUUGUAGCUGCUUGCAAAACGGAGAAAUUCCUCGUCCACUCACAGCAGCCAUGUCCACAGGGGACUCCGGACUGCCAGAAAGUCAAAGUCAUGUAUCGCAUGGCACACAAGCCACUGUACCAGGUCAAGCAGAAGGUGCUGGCCUCCGUGGCCUGGAGGUGCUGCCCCGGCUAUGCAGGCCCUGACUGCCAGCACCACGAUCCCACGGCAAUCCCUGAGCCUGAAGAUCUAGGUGACGGCCUCCAGGAGCCUUGGGAUGGGCCGGUCGGCUUUGAACCUGGCCACCCGGCAGCCGAGCUCAGCAACAUCAUGGAGCGGCAGGAACGCUUGCUGGGAGAUCUCCAGAAUGACAUUCACCAGGUGGCAGAUGGCCUCCCGGGCCAGUGGAAGGCCCUGGCAAGCAAUCUCACAGCUGCCACGAUCGGGGCAAAUCAGACAGAGCCUGAGGCGCCUGGCAGAUCCUUGGAGCAAGUGCUACUGCCCCACGUGGACGCCUUCCUACAGGUGCAUUUCAGCCCCAUUUGGAGGAGCCUCAACCAAAGCUUGCACAGCCUCUCCCAAGCCAUAAGAAACCUGUCUCUUGAUGUGGAGGCCAACCAACAGGCCAUCAAGGGGGUCCAGGAGAGCUCGGUGGCCAGGGCUGACUUCCAGGAGCUUGGGGCCAAAUUUGAGAGCAAGGUCCAGGAGAACGCCCAGAGGGUCGGGCAGCUGAGGCAGGACGUGGAGGAACGCAUGCACGCCCAGCACCUCUCCCUGCAGCAGUCGCUCUCCGAGGUCGAGGCGGACGUGGAUGCCAAGUUGAAGAGGUUCGUUAAGGCCCAGGAACCCGUCGGGGCCAACGGCAGCCUGGUCCCAGCCGCGGCAGGGGCCGGGGCCAGGCCAGAGCCGGAGAGCCUGCAGGCCAGGCUGGGCCAGCUGCAGAGGAACCUGUCGGCGCUGCACACGGCCGCCGGCCGCAGGGAAGAGGAGUUACAGAGCACCCUGGCGGACAUGAGGGCCACCCUGGCGCAGCACGUGGAUGAGAUCAAGGAGCUGUAUUCGGAGUCCGAUGAGACCUUCGAUCAGAUCAGCAAGGUGGAGCGGCAGCUGGAGGAACUGCAGGUGAACCACACGGCGCUGCGUGAGCUGCGCGUCAUCCUGAUGGAGAAGUCGCUGAUCAUGGAGGAGAACAAGGAGGAGAUGGAGCGGCAGCUCCUGGAGCUCAACCUCACCCUCCAGCACCUGCAGGGCGGCCACGCCGACCUCAUCAAGUACGUCAAGGACUGCAACUGCCAGAAGCUCUACUUCGACCUGGACGUCAUCCGCGAGGGCCAGAGGGACACCACGCGCGCCCUGGAGGAGGCGCAGGUGAGCCUGGACGAGCGGCACCAGCGCGACGGCUCGUCCCUGCAGGCCCUGAGCGGCACGGUGGCGGCGCUGUCGCGGGCGGUGGACGCGCAGCGGGCGGAGGGCGAGCGGGCGCGGGCCGACGGGGCGCGGCUGCGGAGCCAGCUGCGGGCGCUGGACAGCGAGGCGAGCGCGCUGCGGGCGGCGCACGGGGAGAUGCGGGCCGAGGUGGGCCAGCUGCACAACUACUUCACGGCCCUGCUGGACGACGCGCUGCGGCACGAGGCCGUGCUGGCCGCCCUUUUCGGGGAGGAGGUGAUGGAGCAGAUGGCGGAGGAGGCGCCCGACCCGCUGCCCCUGCGCUACGAGCAGAUCCGCGCCGGCCUGCGGGACGCCGCCAGCGGGCUGCGGGAGCAGGCGCUCGCCUGGGACGCGCUGGCCGCGCGGGUGGCGGCCCUGGAGCGGGCGGCCGGGGUCGGCGGGCCCACCCCGGCCGGGCUGGCGCAGGAGCUGGAGCGCCUGGACGCCGACCUCCGGCGGGUGGGCCGGUGCUGCGAGGCUUCGGGGGCCUCCCCCCUCAACCGCUCCCUCGAGGGCCUCCACGAGGCGCUGGCCGCCACCGAGCGCGACUUGGAGCAGCACCAGCGCCUCUUCCACAGCCUCUUCGGAAACUUCCAAGGGCUUGUGGCUGCCAACGUCAGCCUGGACCUGGGGAAGCUGCAGACCAUGCUGAGCAGGAAAGGGAAGAAGCAGAAGGGUCUGGAAGCUCCCCGGAGGAGGGACAGGAAGCAAGCAGAGACUUGGGCGGAGAAGCCUGUCCAAGGGCCGGUGCUCUGGGAGGCAGGCACCCCUGUGGCCUUCUAUGCCGGCUUUUCAGAAGGCACGGCUGCGCUGCAGACGGUCAAGUUCAACGCCACUUACAUCAAUAUUGGCAGCAGCUACUUCCCUGAACAUGGCUACUUCCGAGCCCCGGAGCGUGGCGUCUAUCUUUUUGCAGUGAGCGUUGAAUUUGGCCCAGGGUCAGGCGCCGGGCAGCUGGUGUUUGGAGGUCACCAUCAGACUCCUGUCAGUUCCACCGAGGAGGGGAGGGGUAGCAUGGCCACGACCUUCGCUAUGGCCAAGCUGCAGAAAGGCGAGAGGGUGUGGUUUGAGUUAACCCAGGGAUCAGUCAUCAAGAGAAACCCACCAGGCACUGCAUUCGGGGGAUUCCUGAUGUUCAAGACCUGAACGCCGGGCACAGCCCUGACCAGACGUCGUGGACUCACCCAGCUCUCC